UGUAAUUGUGUAGUAAUGCCUCGUGCUCCGCGUCUCAAUUGGGAACAGCUUCGUCCCCAGAUCACCAGCUUGUACCAAUCUGGUGCAACCUCUCAGGCUAUUACAUCUUAUCUUCUUGAUGAAACCGGAGUCUCAAUCACUCCAACGCAUCUUCGUCGUCUUCUCCAGUCAUGGGGUGUACCGCGCCAGCGCCCUAGAGCAGAAGUGACUCCUGACCUUAAGGAGCGUAUCGAAGCACUCUUCUUUCAGCAUGCCUUAACAGAUGCCGAGAUUGUAAAGGCUCUAGAACAAGAAGGAACAAAUUGUACUGGCCAAUAUAGAGGGUCGUCGUGAUUGCAAUUGACAGUCGUGGCGAGCUAUCAGCGUUCCGAAGGUGACGAGCACUACGGUCACGCUCACGUAUACUAGCCUCUGCUGCUUCAACGAAGCUGAGGCUAGGGGUUCCGCUACGCGUGUUGGUAUACGCCGCGUUUCGACGCCCAGGGGACGAAGAGUUGCGAUGGUUGUACACAUCUGUACAACGCGCCACGGGGGUGUUCGGGCGAGCUUCAAUAUCUUGUCCCUGACUUUCUUGACUACGGCCAGCCGCAGGAGCAUCGAGUCGAUAAGCCGGUCGAUCUGAGCCUGGUCAAUGGUCCUUCAACACUCCUUCAGACACCUAACGAACUGUCACAGCGGGACAGGCGCACAAUCCAAUGACAAUUGUAUUCGGGC